AUGAGUUCCCUCACAUUUCUGGUAACGGAGCUGCAGUCGCUCGCUAGUGAGACGCGCCGGAAGCACCCCGACGUCCGCGAGGCUGCAGAGAAAUCCCUUGCUAUCCUACGCUCAUCACCAGAACAGGCCACUAUCCAUUUAGCGUCAGAUGGACCUCAAUCCGACGAUCUCCUCCGUCCCGUCUUCAUGGGAUGCGCCACAAAGAAUGCCAAAGUCGUCGCUAUUUCCCUAGGGUCGCUUCAACGCCUCAUUGCGCUGAAGGCGGUACCGCAGAGCACCGUACCGCUCAUCGUCACUACUAUGAACGACUGCGUGAACCAGGGAGUCGACAUACAGCUGCGCAUACUACAAACCCUCCUCUCGCUCAUCACCAAUUUCCUGGCUGUUCAUAGCGAACUACUGGGUGACGCUCUCCUGCUAUGCUUCAAGCUCCAGGAAUCGCGCAUAGCGGUCGUGACGUCAACCGCUGCCGCGACUCUCCGACAAUUGGUUAUGUUUGUCGUGGACAAAGUCGUGGACGAAGACCACCGAGACGAGGUUGAAGUCAGCUCAAUGACGGAGACUACUCUUCCGAAUGGCAAGACCAAGGCUCUCGGCCCAUCUGCUCUCGAUGCCUUUGCUGUAUUCCAGGACCUGUGCUUGCUAGCGGACGCUGAACAUCCGCACUUUUUGAAGCCGAAUGUGCUACGAAAGACGUUUGCGCUGGAGCUCAUCGAGAGCGUGCUGACCAACUAUCACGAUCUGUUUCGAAAGAUAUUUGUUCAUGACGAGCUUCUACAAUUCCUACAGCACCAUCUUUCUCUUUUACUGCUCAAAGCUCUAUCGGACCGUCCAAACUUUCCCCUCACCCUGCGUGCGACGCGACAGUUCUCCCUCGAGCUCAAGAGUGAGUCCGAGGUCUUCCUCAUGCUGCUCAUCAGGAUUGUGAGUGCAGACGGGACCGAUGGAGACCAGAUCGAUCACGCUCACCCACAUGGGCCGCGUCCUUUGUGGAUGCGUGUACUCUCAAUGGAGGUGAUGAGAGGACUUUGCAGUGAUGCCGAGCUGAUGCGUAAGAUCUGGGAACGUUACGACGCAGAGGCUGAGGGCUCGAAAAUCUUCACAUCCCUCGUCACAGCCCUGAAGCGCCUCGUGACCGAGAAGCCCGACCUUCUUGGAGUGUGCACAGAGAUGUACGGUGUCGGCGUGCCUACAGGCAGUGGGUCAAGUUCAGAUCUUAGUGCAUAUGGCUUGGAUGUUGGGGGUGUGGCUGGAAUGGUGGCAAAUGCUGCGAGCGCUACGGUAUCAGAUGUUGCAAGCAUGAUGGGCUCUGAGGUUGGGCUCAGUAUGCAAGAAUCAGCGAUGAAGCUGCAAUGCAUCGAUCAACUUGACAAAGCGGAUUCCCCGGGGAUCCCAGAACCGUACAUCUAUCUGCUCGGAGUUCAGUGUCUCCGUCCCCGCGCUGCAGGAGAGCCUGUCAUGCGUGCACCCCCUGCGCUGAACAUUGACGCAAUUCCCACCGAGGAACCAUACGCGAAACCACUUCGCACCGUCCACGACAUGGUAGAGAGCGGAUGGCCUGCACUUCUUGCAGCGCUCUCCUUCCUGAUCUCGACCAAUCUCUCCGACGAACUCUUCGUAGACGUCCUAGCAAGCUACCAAGCGCUCACUACGGUCUCAGGCAUGCUCGGGCUUUCUACACCUCGCGACGCCUUCUUCACGAGUCUCGCACAUCUGGCGAUCCCCAUCGGGGUCUUGUCGAGCCUAGACGCUUACCCGCACCUUUCAAUACAUGGCGAUCCCAUCACUCCUCGGAGCACUGCCAGUACAUUCUCAGAGAAUCUUGGCCUCGCUCUUACAGGAUCUGCACCUUCGACACCUCCAGGAUUCUCCGAGCGCAACAUGGCUUGCCUUAAGGUACUCGUUAGCAGCGCGCUGUUCCUUGCUGGUAGUCUGGGCGAUAGCUGGCUGAACAUAUUGGAAGUGCUUCAAAACGCGGAUGAUGUCCUGUCGGUGAAGGGUGGUCGUCCAUCUGCGUCGAAACGUGCCACUAUCGGACCAGGGUCUGGCGUGUUGCCCGUGGCCCGCACAGGCUCAUUAGGUAGUUCACAAUCGCCAUCGGCUGGCGGUUCAGGUGGCAGUCAGGGCCAAGUGCAACCCACUCACCCACUUUUGGCUGAUCUGGAUCCGGAGAGCAUGCAGCAUGCGAUUCAGCGCCUUUUUGAUGCGUCGAAGAAUCUCGAUGAUGAUGCGUUCCGGGACUUUGUCAAUGCUCUUUGCAAACUCAGCGCAGCAAUGGUUGAGAUGCAAUCGUCGAACAACGAAACGUUGGUUCGUGACUCUGAAUCAGUAGAUGAUGUGGCGAGCAGUCCUACUUUGUCUCCACCUUCCGACUCGGCACAUCGCAGAAGGGUUAGCGGGCUCCAGAUGCUCCGGACUCCGCUCUCUGGCGACUUUGGGAUCAGCAAACUGGGCGGAAUAGCUACUCUAAACAUUCAUCGCCUCAUCUAUAGAUCCCCCGAGGUCGCCUGGGAUCCUAUCACCGAACAUCUCUUAUCUGUCAUUCUUAAUCAUACUGCCCCUGGUUCUGUGCGCGUCCAAGCUGCCCGUGUUCUCGAUGACAUACUCGUCGUGGUUCCCAGAAAUCUGUCUACCACCGUGAUAUCGGACGGGAUCGCGAUGAACAGUUCGACCAUCGAGGUGCGCCGGAUGGGAUUUGAGACUCUUCACCAGAUCCUCCAGGCGUCUGGACAUACGCUCGUCAUAGGAUGGGAAACCAUUUUCGAGAUGCUGAGCAGUGUCUGCAGGCCCGCGUUUCCCUCAUCAUUAUCUGUGGAGACUGUAGUAGGUGCAUCAUCAAAGGCUGAGCCUUCAAAGACAAUCCCACAGCCACUCACGUACACAAGCGAGAAGGGAUACAACACGCUAGUCAAGAUCGCCUUUCAAUCGCUGACUUUGGUUUGUGAUUCUCUGACAUCACUUUCACCUGAGCAUCUCCGGCUAUGCAUCAGCACUCUUGGCCAGUUCGGUCGACAGGCAGAUACCAACAUCGCUCUCACCGCUGCGGAGAGCUUGCUUUGGGGUGUGUCGGACUCGAUACAGGCCAAGCGCAAAGACUCGGACAAGGAGCCGGAGUAUAGUGAAUUGUGGAUGUUCCUCUUGACGGAGAUCCUAGGCUUAUGCACGGAUGCCCGACCCGAAGUGCGCGUUGGCGCUAAUCAGACAUUGUUCCGUACGCUUCAGCUCUACGGAGCCACGCUCAGCCUAGAGACAUGGGACGCAUGCAUAUGGAAGAUCACGUUUCCGCUCCUCGACGCAAUCACGGCUGGCGUGCGACAAGCCACAUCUGGCGAACCGGCGCACUUGGGACCCAUACCAGCUGAUCAACAGUGGGACGAGUCGAAGAUCCUCGCAUUGCAGUCCAUCGGCUCCAUAUUCCACGAGUUCCUCGUCUCCAAGAUCAUGCCACUGGCGUCAUUCGCUGAUGCCUGGGACGUCUUCGUCAGCCGCAUCCGGGAUUCAUGGCUGCAUGACAAUCGGGAUGUGAGUGCCACAGCGGUGCGCUGUAUGGAUAAAGCGAUUAGGGCCUUGGCCGACGUGAACGAAGAUGCCGCAAAUGCAACCGAGGCUGCAUUGGACAGAGUAUGGCGUGCGUGCGAUGAGAUGGGGGAAGCCGUUCAGAUGGGCGGUUCCGAGGGGUCCGUCAAUCGGUCAUCGGUGAAGGAGACCUUCAGACCGUUCACUCAGGAGAGCCUGAUGGCGUUUGUGGACGUCAUUCGUAGCAUGCGAUCUGUUGCAAAGUCGGUGCACAAGCACGAAUGGGCCAUAGAACAGCUUGAGCGGCUGAUGGCUAUACUUAAAGGCGUCCUCACGUAUCCGGAUUCGCAGGACUUCAGACCUGAUGUGGACGCACUCAGCCCGGUCCAGGGAGCAGUCUUGGAGGUCAUCGAUACCAUCGACCUCAAUGUACCAGGAGCCUCAUCUCUCGUCCUACGCGACCUAUCAGAAUAUGUGACCCUGCCCUUCCUUGCAGCGUUCGACAUCCCAGAGCCAAAGCCCUCAUCGGUUCCGGCUCGCUCAGCUCAGCUGCGCAUGGGUCCUAAACAGGUCACGUACAUCGGGCUAUCGAAGAAGGUCAUGCCGAUGCUCGUCGAUCUGUUCAUGCGAUUCAAGGACCAGGCCACUUUGUAUGUCGAUGGGACUCUUGAAAGGAUUUUCUCGGCUUACGGCAUACCGAUCAAGAUGAAAUAUGAGUGCCCUGCGCCGUCAAAGUUUGGUAAAGAUCCUCCGCUAUGGAAGACAGCCACGACUAGCUUCCUCAAGAUCGUCAAAGAAUGUGGACCACAGAUGCAAGCCCUCGGAGAAAGCAUCCCCGAUGACAGAAGAGAAGCUAUAUGGCGGCAAAUCGUUGACACCUUCAGAGGAGGCAUCUUAGCCGACUGCUCUCCCGCCGACAGCUUCCCGCUUGACGUCCAAGAAGAAGAAGAGAACUUUGACCUCGCCCUGCUCGCCGCGCUCGAGAUCGACGUGAUCUCGUAUCUCGGGGAAGCCUGCAUCCCGGACUACCUUAUUCUGCAGCUCGCGCGGAUCCUGCACCAGGGCAGCCGGCUGCGCGAUGAAGACAACUACCUCCCGCCCUCACCAAAAUCGAUCUCGGAAGGCUUGGGCAAGCGGCUGUCGCAGGAGUUUGAAACGAUAGAGCGGUUCGGAGACCCCGAGCUCGCGGUGGGGAGCACCGAGGCUGGGCGGGCACUUCCGCGCGAACGGUUCUCGUAUUGGUGUUUCGACUUGCUGUUCCUCAUAUGCUCUGAUACAGCCAAAGAACUGCUGCUGUGCUCGUUCUACGAGGCCGCUACGAAUCGGCGCUUCUUAUUGUCCAUCAAUUGCCACGAAGGUGACUUACAUCAUGUAUCUGACUUCGGUAGCGGUGCCCCUGCUGCUCUCGCUUGUAGCCAUAGUCGUGUACAAAACGUCGUACCCACGUCUUCCGCUUCUUCCUGGUCAGAAGCCCACUUUUUGGGUCGGCAAUUGAUGCUCGUCAGCUUCCAGCCACCAAGCCUUAGUUGA